AUGCACCCCCUGUACAGUUUCAGCCAUGAUGCCAAGGCCUCUUCCAGUCUCACAGCUGCUGCUUCCCCUGGUGCUGCAGGUGAUGUAAGUGCCGCUAGUGAUGUACGUGCCGCUGGUGAUGCUUGUGAUUUUGUUGGUUCAGCUGCAUCGCUCCCCCAUGUUGCUACUGUUGCUGGUGCUGGUGGUGCUGGUGGGGUUGUUGGUGUUGCUCGUGGAGCUGGUGCUUCACACACGCACCCCUUGAACAGUUUCAGCCAUGAUGCGACUGCUUUUUCUAGCCUCAAUGCUACCACUUCCGCUGCUGUGGCUGGUGCUGGUGUGAGCGCUGCUGCUCGUGCUGCUGGUGGUUAUCCUAUCUUUGCUGCCUCAGGUGGUGCAUUUGCUGCUUUGCUCCCCGGUGCUGCUGUUGCCAGGGCUUCACCACUCAAGCCCCCAGCUCCCUUUCCCUUCAAAUGGUCUAGCAAAGCAAUAGACCUACAAGGAAGGACAAGCAGAGUGGAAACUGCUUCUUCCGGUGCUACUGUCUCCUCUGCUUUGGCUAUUGCGGCAGCAACUGCUUCUACGUGUGGUACUAUUAUUGAAACUGCUGGUUUGAGUGGUGAUGUACGGUCCUCUCAUGCCAGAUUAGGCUUGGUAAUGUAUGCUGGUUUGGUGGCUGCCAGCUUUGGUUUGGCUACCGGUCCUGGAUUUGCUGUUGCUUCUGGAGUUAAUGUUGGCGCUAUUGUAGGAGCGGCAUCUGGAGAAGGGUACAGUGCCAUUUCUGGUGUGAGGCUUGGAGCAGGUGCUGCUAAUGCUGGCGUUGCAGUGCACAGAGGCGUGUUAGUCAGCUGGAAAUUUUACUUGGUGGAGGUGGUGGUGGAGGUGGAGGAGGAGGAGGAGGAGGAGGAAGAGGAGGAGGAGGAGGAGGAGGAGGAGGAGGAGGAGGAGGAGGAGGAUGAGGAGGAGGAGGAGGAGGAGGAGGAGGAAGAAGAAGAAGAAGAAGAAAGGGGGCAGGCAUAG